AUGAGACACGAUAUCAUUUUUUAUACUUUCCGUCGUCUUCUCAGGGACUCGCAAUCUCCAAGGCUACGAAAGGUCAAGCUCACUGUAAUAGACGCCGACGGCCUGCUCCGCAAUAAACUCGUCUCGGCCACCAAUCUGCUGUCGGCUAUUAAGAGCGAAAGGCUUGGCUGGUGCCGUGUCCCCUUUGACUGGGACAUCAAUGACCGUACAUACAACCCAGACCUGACAAUAUCAAACAGCCAGAACGGCUACCGAGACUUGACAGCCCGCAUGGAUUUGGAGACAUACAGAUGCGUACCCUGGGAGCCCCUUGAUCUGAGAUGCCCGGACAACGGCUUUGGAACCCUGUUCUGA